AUGGCGCCCGCAUCUGCGCCCUAUAAGCCCGGACAAAGCUCCUCCGAGGCCAUGACCUCCGCAGGUGUUCUUACAUCUCCUGAAUGGAUGAUUCUCUUUGCAUUUCGGCCGCUCGGCCCACUUCCGAUGAUCCACUACAUCAUCACUGUUUGGAGGGGAGGCCGCAAGGCGGGACAGCCAGUAGCGGCAUUUUGUUCGGGGAUGCGUGGAUCUGGUGAUGCUGGAGCUUGGGAACAGGAAACAUCAUAUCCGCAAUGGCGUUUCAAAUAG